CCGAUUUUUGCCUACCAUCUGCCGUCCUUGCUACUGUCUAUCUUCCCCGUCCUGGUUCACAUGAUGCCGCCCGCGAAACGACAGAAGACCUCGGAUGAUGAAAUCUCGGAAACAGAGAAUGACGAAGAGAUCCUUUCCGGCUCUGAACAGGACGAGUACUCGUCCGAUGCUGGAUCCAGCGUCGUUGCAAGCGAACCGGACACGGAAGACGAGAUCGCCGAUGCAAAGCUCGCCAAGUCCAAGAAGACCUUGAAGAGAAAACGGCGCGCUACAGACGCUGUCAAUUUCGGUGCGACUCUGCAGUCGCUGCUCACCACAAAUGCACCUGCAGCUCCUCUGUCGCUCAAGCCCUCCAUUGCAAAGAAGCGAAGGGAUGAGAAGUUAGAGGCGAAGGGAAAGCAUGUGUUACAGAUAGAGAAGAAGGAAAAGGAGGACCGGGGGCGGAUAACGGACGUUAUUGGUGGGUGGGGAGGGGAGAGCGAAAGGGCAUUACGGAAAGUCGCGCAGCGAGGAGUUGUGAAGCUCUUCAACGCUAUUCAGCAAUCACAGGCCGCUUCUGCCGCUGCAGCGGAGGAACUGAAAUCAAAUCGUGGCACGGGUAAGCCAACUCUCCCUGCUCCCGCCAUCCACGACAAAAAGAAGAAGGGCAAGCGCCAGGACAACAUCAUUGGAAGAGGGAAAGAAGCGACGUUGGCUCAAGACGACUUCUUGGACAUCAUUCGAUCCGGCGGCAUCGUAUCCAAGGCGUGAAUAUUCUACGUGCUGCAGCUAGUGCCGCGUGUAGCUACUCCGCUAAUGGACUGCUCGUGCCAAUACACGGUGGCUAAGCUCUUGUACUCGAUAUUGGCCACCAUGCAUAUCAUCAUGAUCUCCGCUGCGAAGUUCAAGAUGGAAACACGCCAGCUCUGUUAUCCCUAUAAAUUGUGACAUAUUUCCGGUUUGUCGGUAGGAUUUUGUGGUUUUCAGGCGUUUCGGAUGAGAGCUAUGCCAGUGAGCG